AUCGUCGGGACACUAACAACAAAAUGUGUUUUUAUAUAUACGAUCUAUCAGCUGUACCUACUAUGUGCCGCAUGAUUUCUGUCUAAUGAUUCCAAUAAAGAGGAAUUUAACAUAAAAUAAUUAAAAUUAUGUUUUAUAAUAAAUAUGAACGGUUUUAAAUUUUUAUAAACUUACAUUGUGUUGAUUUCUGUGAAGUUGAAAUUGCUUAAUUAUGAUAUAAGUUUGAUUAAAUGCAAGUUUGUAUUAUUGUGGGAGCAAGGUACAUAUUAAACAUUUGGAUAUCACUAGCAAUUUUUAUGGAAAAUUGAAUAAAUUCUUUUCCUGAAUAUGGCGGCUUCUAGAUGGACGAAAAUUAGAAGAAAAGAUGUCGAGACACCUCGAGAAAUAAUAACGUAGACUGAAGUACUAAAAAUUUAAAAUACAAAUUGGGCUAUUUAAGCCGUGCACGCCAGCAUUUGGCUUUUGAACUGUUGAGCUGUGUACACACUUAUUUCAGUGAGCACAAACACACGAUGGUGUCAAUCGCUCUGCUCGUCAUAAUAAUAAUGUGUAUGGAAGCGCAGCCUAUAUAUGCAUCAUCCAGUCACCAUAGGAACACGCCAUCACCUACAGAUAACUCAGAACAGCAUCAACGAUACAAAAUAAGUCCAAAGCCAUGCUCAGUAAACGGGCACGAGGGAACCUGCAUGUUUGUUUAUGAAUGUAUUCGAUCUGAAGGAAAGCAUGUAGGUGUUUGUGUGGAUACAUUUAUGUUUGGUAGUUGUUGUUCACAUAAUCUGACGGAUAAUGCAAUACUGCCUCCUGCCACAUCACUCUUACCAGAAGUAAAUUAUCGACCCUCGGCGGUAAUAAAAACUCCUGGCGAAAGACAUAAGCCGCCGAAUAAAAAACCGCAAUAUGUUCACAAACCACUAACUACAGUUGCUCCGGCAGUCAGCAUAGCAGUACCACCUAACCAGUACAAUGUCGUCCUCGACCAACAGGCCGUCCACAGCGAAAUUGAACAAUCUUGGAGCAAUAACCAUGUACACUGGAAACUUACUACUGAACCCAAUUUCAUAACGAGGCCACGCCCUAGUAUCCACAAACCAAGCGUUAUAAAAGUUAAACCUACGAAGAAAUCAUCAUUUGGAGAUACAAGACGUCCAUCGUCCAGCACCAGUACUCGAAAGCCGCAUUUUACAAGUCUCACGUCAGGUCAUUCUGCAGUCUAUAACACCACCAGCAGGCCUGAGAAAUUGCGACCGCCAUCAGGAGAUAAUCACCUGACUGAUAGGUAUAGUACAAAUUACUCGAUGCCAAACCUAAAUCAUACAAGCACUGUGGAACCGGUUAACACGGUAGUGACUCGGUCAUCAAAACCUACGAUGGAGCCGACAUCUAGCAGCAGUUCAUUAGAAGACCCGCUAUUAGCACCUCACCUAUCCACAAGAAAUGUUACAGAAAUCAAAAAUGAUAUUGUUACUACGACGGCUUCCUCUGUGUCAGCAGUCACGGGGUACAAUAAUAAAGAGUGCGGAGUUCCAGUUCUCUUUCCAAGACCUGAAACCCGAAUCGUCGGAGGAAAGAACGCACCAUUCGGACGUUGGCCUUGGCAGGUGUCAGUUAGACGAACCUCUUUCUUUGGAUUUUCAAGUACGCACAGAUGUGGGGGUGCCGUAUUGAACGAGAACUGGAUUGUUACAGCUGGGCAUUGUGUCGAUGAUCUCCUCACUUCACAAAUCCGUAUUCGUGUCGGUGAGUACGAUUUUUCUAGUAUGCAAGAAGAGUUUCCUUUCCUGGAGCGGGCCGUAUCCCAAAAGCUGGUGCAUCCCCAAUACAACUUCUUCACGUACGAAUACGAUUUGGCGUUGGUGAGACUGGAGCAGCCUCUUACGUUUGCUCCACACAUAAGCCCAAUCUGUCUGCCGGGUUCGGACGAUUUGCUUAUUGGAGAAAAUGCUACAGUUACCGGUUGGGGCCGUCUCAGCGAAGGUGGUACACUGCCCAGUAUUUUGCAAGAGGUGUCAGUUCCUAUCGUUAGCAACGAUAAAUGUAAAUCUAUGUUCCUGAGAGCCGGCAGACAUGAAUACAUACCGGAUAUUUUUUUGUGUGCCGGUCAUGAAGGUGGCGGCCAGGAUUCCUGUCAAGGUGAUUCUGGUGGCCCUCUGCAGGUGCGAGGAAAAGACGGUCACUAUUUCUUGGCCGGAAUUAUUUCGUGGGGCAUAGGAUGUGCUGAAGCGAAUUUGCCUGGUGUUUGUACGAGAAUUUCUAAGUUUGUAUCGUGGAUUGUUGAACAUGUGACUUUACCUACUUGAUGUUUGAUUUUAAAUUAUUGCAGUGCAUUUUAAUCUUAAUCAUUUCAUAAAUGUCUUUGGAUAUAAAUAUGAGAGUGAGUAUAUAUGAAUAGAUUUUGGAUUUAUAUUUGGU